UUCUGUUGCCGCUGUCGCCGCGCCCGCCCGCCCACCCCAGCGUCCCGGCUGCACCGGCCGCCGGAACCCCACUCCUCCGACUUGGCGCGGAGGCCGGGCGCCCGGUCCAUGAGGCUCCCGAGCACGCCCAGCCCGGGCACCGGACCCCAGACCCGCACCUGAGCGCGCACACGGAGCGCGGGUGGCAGCCGGGGGCUGGGGCAGGAUGGGGAAAUUUCAGUCCAAGCACGCCGCUGCAGCCUUCAAGCGGAGAGAGAGCCCUGAAGGGGACAGCUUCGUGGUGUCUUCGUACUCAAGUGGCCGCAAAGGCAUGGUGGAGGCGGAGCGGCGUGGCGGCGUGGAGCACCGGGCGCGGGACAAGCAGGAGCUUCUCAGCGGGGACCCCAUAGAGGGACCUUUCCGGGAGGACCAGUGUCCUCUAGAGGUGGCACUGCCUCCCGAGAAGGCCGAGGGUCGAGAGGGUGCCGGACCGCUCUUCAGUGCAGAUGAGGUUGAGAGAGCAGCAAGCCGAGAGGGCCCGCGAGGCCUGGGCAAGAAGCACCUGAACAUCGACGCGCUGCAGUGUGACGUCUCAGUGGAGGAGGACAACCGCCAGGAGUGGACCUUCACACUCUAUGGAUUCGACAAUAGUGGGAAGGCCACCCGGGAGGACAUGUCCAGCCUGAUGCACACCAUCUAUGAGGUCGUCGAUGCCUCAGUCAAUCACUCCUCUGGCAGCAGUAAGACCCUCCGUGUGAAGCUGACCGUCAGCCCCGAGCCCUCCAGCAGGAGGAGGGAGAGCCCCCCCGCCGGACAGGACCGGGAGCCCACUCGCUGCAGGACGGAAGGCGAGAUCUCCGAGGACUCCAGGGUGGCCGACAGGAGGCUGUCUGCUUAUAUCAGGAGGCCCACCGCUGACCCCCACCCCUGCCCUGUGAGGGGGUCAUACUGCGUGGAUGAGAACACUGAGCGGAGAAACCACUACCUAGACCUGGCUGGAAUAGAAAACUACACGUCUAAGUUUGGACCCGGGUCCCCACCAACACAGGCCAAGCAGGAGCACCAGGGCAAGGCCUCACACCCCCCGGGCAGGUCUCGCUCCCAGGAGUCGGACGCACACGCCGUGCACAACCGCAGGUCCCAGGUGCUGGCUGAUCACGUCCUGCUGGCCAGCGAGCCCGCUGCCCGGGCCCUGGACAUGCAGCCCCGGCUGAAGGGGCAGGAAAAGCAAUUCCUCAAGUCCCCCAAGGGCUCGGGCAGGCCGCCCGGGGUGCCCAGUGCGAGCGUGCCUGGUGGAGGCAAGCCUGGGAGGGUCUUCAGCUACUACCCACCAGCCGCCCUGCCCCAGCCACCCCAGGAUGGCCACCACCUCCCACAGCCCCCGCCGCAGCCCCCGCCGCAGCCCUAUGGCCACAAGAGGUACCGGCAGAAGGGCAGGGAGGGCCACUCACCGCUCAAGGCCACGCUGGGCCAGCCUGCAGUAAUGGAGCACGAGGUGGUACGGGACCUGCCGCCCCUGCUGGUGGGGGAAGCCUACUCAGUGCCCGUGGUCCAGCGCCACGAGCACCACCACCACCACGAACACCACCACCACCACCACUACCACCACCACCACCCGUCCUAGCGUGCACACCCUGGCCCAGCCGCCCCGACCCGGCGCCCAGCUCCAAGUCUCUGGUAUGGGCGUCUGAGGUGGCACCAGCUGGACACUCACAAAAAAGGCCCUUCCUCUGCUCUCCUUUCCUCUAUGUUCUGGUGGGUGUCAUGUUGAAAUGAACACGUUUGAUGCCACUGACGUUGCGCAGUUAUGAAGUGAUUCUGUGUAACCCAUAAAGCCACAUGUAAACAUAGAAGAGCACAGUUGUAUCUUUCACGUAUGAUUCCAGAGUGAGUCCUCCUGGCAUGGAAGGGACUCUGCUCAGAUGACUUCCGCGUUUUCCUCAAGGAAGCGCCUCCUGCUCCGGGUGCCUUGCACUGAGACGUGCAGGGUGGCAAGGCCUUGAAGUUACGGAGCCAGCAGUGAAUGUACAGCGUUGUAGCCCUCGUGCAUUACUCAUUCAAGUUGUGGGGAGGGACUGUUCCUUCAUGUGCUGCGUGCACAGUGGUGAGUUCUGCUCCACCACGCUGAGUGCAGCUCAUAACAGAAAGGCGGCCACGGGGGAGGUGCGAAGUGCUCCCCAAACAGUGGUCAGUAAACUCUGGAAGUGAGGCCAUGAGCACAAAGGAAGGGCACAGGUGGGUAGGUGCCGGCACCAGCAUCUUAAGUGGACACAGACGUGGACAGCAGGGCCGGUGGGGUGGUAGUUUCUAUCUCAAACACACGCACAGUCCGCUGGACAGGAGGCGGACGUGUGUCCUCUGGGCUCACACAUACAGCAUCAUAGCGCUCACGGCAGUUUCCGUGGUGUCCGCCUGCAGAAAACACAGUGUGGUCCCUCUAGGGAAAGGGGCAGUGACGGUGUCUGAGGGUCACAGAACCUUGGCUGGCAGCGGCCCCCUGUGGCAGGGCACGGCUGCUCCUUCCUCCUUCCGGGAUGAGCAAGUGGACUUCCUGGCAACUUGAGAGUUUGGGCAGGUGGUUUUGCAUUCACCUUCAUGGAAUUGUUUUCAAGAAUCAAGCAAAUUGGUGGUCGCCUUGUAAUUGAGGUUUUUUUCCCCCAGGCAUAAUAAAAAUAUGCAUUUUGUAAUAUGC